AUGUCGCACGUGAACAGGGCGUUAUCUCGGGAGGGACAUGCUGCCAUGAGCAUGAGGGGAGAGACUGACAGAUGGAUUCUUAUUCAGAAAAACACGUUUACUAACUGGGUAAACGAACAGUUGAGAAUCGGAGGAAACACGAAAUUUGUGGAAGAUCUCCAGACCGCUUUUGAGGAUGGAGUUUUACUCUGUGCACUCAUUGAAUCUCUACAGGGAAAGAAAAUUGGACGGGUGAUUAAAAAGCCUCUGAACCACCAUCAGAAUCUAGAGAAUUGUACCCUAGCUCUGACAGCUAUUGCCAAUGAUAACGUGCGUCUUGUGAACAUAGGAAGUGACGAUAUCUCCAAUGGUAACCUGAAAUUGAUCCUGGGAUUGAUAUGGCAUCUUAUCCUCCGCUACCAGAUAGGGAAGACAAAGUUCCCAGCCAAGAAGUUGAUGUUAGCUUGGUUACGAGCAGUUAUCCCAGAAUGCAACAUCACAAAUUUCACAACUUGUUGGAACGAUGGUGUCGCUCUCCAUGCCCUAGUGAAUUACUGUGACCCUAAGAUUGAGGAGGCCACGAACUGGAGAUAUCUCAGUCACAGUGACAGCCUAAACACCUGUAGUAAUGCCAUGAAUUUGGCCAAGAAGCACUUUGACAUCCCCCUGGUGGUACGACCUGAGGAUCUGUCCAGCCCUGACCUUGACGAGCUGUCUGGAAUGACCUAUUUAUCAUACUUUAUGAAGAUUGACUCGCCUGGUUACAUGGCGACCAGGAACAUGACCCGAAACCUCCUUAAGAGUGGGAGCUUUAAUAACUUCACAGAUGACUGGUCUGACGGACAUCUCCUCUGUAAUUUGGUUACCUCCCUUGGAGAGUCUGCAUCGCCUGUUGGAAGUCCAGAAGAAAAUUUACAAUUAGGUAUUGAUGCUGCCCGUAGACUUGGAGUAGAGCCUAUCCUCACAGCUAAGGAGAUGUGUGAUCCUGAAGUCGAUCAUAUCGGGAUCAUGGCAUAUGCAGCGUACUUCGGAAACUUCAAGCCUGUUCGCACAGCAGCAGAAAAAGUUGUGAUGGAAGCAGGGCCAAGAAAUGUUUACAUUGACCAAGAGGCGGAUUUCUCAUUACGUAUUGAUGAUACUGAGCUAGUGUCAUCAGAUGUGAGGGCAGAGAUAAAGGGGCCUGACUCCAACCCUCCAGUCCACUUCAACUGGGUGGGGAGUCGUGCAACAGGAACAUUUACUCCUACAGAGACGGGGCACCACAGGCUGAAUGUCUAUUGUGAAAACUCCCUCAUUGUUGGAUGUCCAGUGUCCUUCAAAGUGAUUGCUGACAGAUCAAGAGUCAGAUACAUUGGCCCGGACAAAUGCUCGGCUGGUCUUAUCUCUGAACUGAAGGUUGAUGUGACGAGUGCAGGACAGGGUGACAUUCAGUGUGAGGCAAGAGCUCCUAAUGGACGUUCAGUCAACUUGGCUGCUGUGUACCGACAUGGAAACUACGUGAUGAACUUUACACCAACAGAAGUUGGUCUUUGGCAGGUAUCAGUGCUGUACGAUGGAGAACAUAUUUCAGACAGUCCGUUCAAUGUGAUGGUGUUUGACCCAUCUAAAGUCCGGGUAUAUGGAUUGGAAGGCGGUGCUGUUGGGAUGGGACUCAAGUUCCACUCUGACACAUCAGAAGCUGGAACAGGGGAAGUAACUGUGCAGGUGUCUUGUAAUGGCUCACAUGUCCCAGCCUACAUCCAUCAGGACCGAGUGGGGCUGUAUAGUAUUGACUUUACACCCCAGGGGGCUGGCACAUACAAGGUCGAGGUUUACUUCAAUGACAUGGAGGUCAGAGGCUCACCCUACACCCUGGAGAUUGUGGAUUCUGCCCAGGUUACUGUUUCCGGUGAUGGCCUCAGCUUGGUUCCGGUCAAUCGCACUGCAAGUUUUGUUGUUGACACUCAGGGAUCUGGGUCAGGCAAUGUGGAUGUGGAAAUAAUGGCACCAUCAGGCGCUAAGGUAAAAUCCAUGGUGACUAAAGACAGAGGUCAACACCAUAUUGAGUACUCCCCUACAGAAUCAGGGGACCAUCAGAUCUUUGUAUCGUUCUGUGAGCAGCCCCUACAGGGCAGCCCCUUCAUCUGUCGUGUUUAUGAUGUCGGUCAGGUAGUUAUCACCAACAUGCCAAAUUUUGCCUCCAUUGGGAAGACGGUCAAGUUUCAAAUUGAUGCCUCCAAGGCUGGCUCUGGUAAUAUAGAGAUCAUGGUAAACGAUGGUCGUAUUCCAUGUAGUGUACAGAAUCUGGGCAAUUACUGCUUCAACGCUUCCUUCGUACCUGACAACAUUGACCCUCAUAUCAUACAGAUGAAGUUUAACAAUAAACCUGUGACUGGGAGUCCUUGGAAAAUCCCGAUCCUGGACAUGAAGAAAGCUCUGAAGAUUAGAAGUGAGGCUGACAGUUACGUACUGUGUGAUCGUACGGCCAGAUUUGAGGUGGAGUUUGAUGGAGAUUUGAAGGAUACCUUUGAUAUACAGAUUAGAGCUCCUGGAGGGGGAACUGUGCCGUUCAAUAUUGUGCAGGAUAGCGGACAACAGACUAUUGAGUAUGUCCCUGAAGAUGUCGGUGACCACCAGAUUAACCUGAAGUACAUGGGAAAUGACGUCGACGGCAGUCCAUUUACUGCCAAGGCCUACGAUACAUCCGCCAUCAUUAUCACUCCACUCAAAAAUGGUCUGGUGGGAUCAUCAUUUGACUUUACAAUUGAUGUGUCACGCGCUGGAGAGGGACAGCUUGAGAUUAUGGUGAACAAUGGCAACCUACCCAACACAGUGGAGCUGGAGCGCCCCAGUGUAUAUCGCAUCACCUUCACACCGACUAGUGCCGGCAAACAAUAUGUUGACAUCAAUUUCAACAGUGAAUCACUACCAGGUUCUCCAUUUUCCUGCCUGGCGUAUGAUGGUGCUGGUGUCACACUGACUGGUAUGGACAAUGUUAUUCCAGCCAACAGGUCCACAUCUUUCAACAUUCAGUGCGAGUCAGAUGAGGUUACUCCGGAGGUAGAAGUUAGCUCUUUAUCAGGUGUUAAAGCUCCAUUGAAAGUGAUGACAGAUGGUAACGAGAAAAUUGUCACCUACACACCUAAAGUUGCAGGAGACCACUUGAUCAAUAUCAGAGUAGGCUACCAUCAUUUAGGUGAUAGCCCUUAUAAGGUCAAGGUCUUUGACCCCCGGAAGGUCAAGGCAAUUGACAUCCCAUCAAAGUGCUACACAGGGAAUCCCUGUACAUUUCAAGUUGAUGCUACGGAGGCUGGGGAUGGUAUCCUAGAGGUUGUGAUCCUUUGUGAGGGAAAGACAAUACCACACAAACUUACCUCCCUUGACAACGGCUUUUAUGAAGUUACCUUCACAGGGGACGAGCCUUAUCGUCACAGGGUCCACAUGACUCUGAAUGAGGAACUUGUCAAAGGAAGCCCCUUCUGGGUGGAGUAUGUGGACGAGAUGGAGGAAAUGCUGGCCGAAUUUGAACGACAACAGUUUGUACAGUUAAAGACACAGGCGGGCAUCACAUUUAAGGGCACGGCUGGGAUGCUUGAUCAAUUCAGUACAGAGAUUAUAGCACCAAGUGGGAGUAAAUUGCCAGCCAAGAUUCGUGAGAUGAGACCUGGAUGGUACUGUGUGGAAUGGAAACCAACAGAGAUUGGGAGCCACCUAGUGGAGGUUUUCUUCGCUGGAUCUCUUAUUCCAGGAUUCCCUAGCGUUGUCAAGGUGUUUGAUGCUAACAAAGUGAAGCUGUUGACACAACUUGGUAGAGCAGAGGUUGGAGAGGUGUAUGAAUUAACAUUCUUGGUUGAUGAGGCUGGUGAAGGGCGUUUAGAGGUUGUAGUGGAAUGUGAAGGGGAGACAAUUCCUAGUUUUGUGGAGAGGAGAAAGGAGGGACAACUCACAACAACGUUCACUCCUAGGGCUGGUAAAAAGCACCUGGUGUCCAUCACCUUUAACGACCAGCAUGUUCCAGGUUCCCCAUUUGUAAUCAUGGUGGAAGAUCUGGAAAAGAUGGUGACGAGAGUUGAAGAGACAGUGGUCACUUCAUCGGUUACCAAACCUCUGUCAGUUGAUGUCCAGCCUCUGUCGGUCAAUGUACACACACACCACCUACAGAUAGACAAAAGACAGUGGUUUGUUCUGGAGACUUACGGCGGCAACAUCGAUUCACAGAAUCUCCAGAUACAAAUCAUAGCACCCAAUGGUAUCGGUAUACCUGCUCGUCUAGUAUCACAGUCAGGAGGCAACUUCCGUGUGGAAUGGACUCCAACUACUCCAGUUGACUUUGCUGAUGCUGGGUCACUAGAGAACACUAUACAAGUGUUUGGUCCUUCGGGCCGAAGUGUUGACAGCAACCAGCAUGGAGAUUACCUGAAAACUGUGUCUUAUUAUCCGGAUGAGGCAGGACCUCACAAUAUCUUUGUGACCUAUGCUGGAUUUGAAUUACCAGGUUGUCCAUUUAUCCAGAACAUUGAUGAUGGUGGCCUCCCUACAGCUGAUGGUGACGGGUUGUUUCGUGGAGAGGAGGACAAUGUGGCUACCUUUUAUGUUCAUGUUGGAAAGAGGAGGGGAGAACUUGGGGUCCAGGUUGAUGGCCCUAACUCCAUUGCUAAGACAACAAUUGAACCUGCAGGAGAUCGGUACGUGUGUACCUAUACUCCAGUAGAGGUGGGCAUUUUCACAUUACAGCUCCAAUGGAAUGGUAAAGACCUCCCAGGGAGUCCCUUCCACCCGAAGAUUGUCGACCCACGAAAGGUGAAGAUAUAUGGCGGCUGGCAGCACCUAAUGGACAGUCAGGAGAGAGUAAAACUGGUCGUCGGAGAGGAGAAACGUCUUGUGUUUGACGUAUCACAAGCUGGUCCAGGAAUCAUGAAAGCUGAGGUACAGGGUCCAUCUUCUUCCCUUCCUGUAAUGGUGGACAGUCAUACAGUAGGACAGAAUGUCAUCUGUUUUACUCCCGAGGAGGAAGGUAAUCACUACAUUCACCUGUUCUGGGCGGAGCGGACACUUCCAAACUCGCCUUUUAUUGGCUAUGCUGUCCGUGUAGCUGCCGAUGCAAACAAGGUGAUCCUUACCGGGCGUGGCUUGAAGGAGGCUAAAGUUCGUGAGGAGGCGGAGUUUGUUAUUGAUGGUUCUCAGGCAGGAUCUGGUGUACCAGAGGUAACUCUAUCAGGUGUGCGUGCGGAGAUCAGCAACAGAGUUGUCCCCCUUGGAAAUGGGCGUUUCCACUGUACCUACACACCAAUUAUUCCUGGUGCCUAUCUCCUCCAUAUCACAUGGAAUGGACGUCAGCUGAAGGGAUCCCCAUACAAGGUCAACGUGAUUGGGGCUUUCUUCCCUCACAAAGUGUCAGUAACUGGUGAAGGACUGAAGGGAGGCAUCAUGGGAAAAACUUCAGAUGUCUAUAUUGAUGUGCGGAAGGCUGGACCUGGUGAGCUCACAGCUGCCUGUAUGGGACCAUCAAAAGUAGCAAAUGUGGAUCUCCAUGACAACAGAGAUGGGACAUUCCAACUGGGCAUCAAACCCAUGGAGGUCGGCAGACAUGUGCUGCAGGUUAAAUAUGGAGGAGAGCAUGUCCUGGGGAGCCCAUUUAUCCUGAAAGUGGGAUCACAGCCAGACGCCAGUAAGGUUCGCGUGACAGGUCCCGGAGUGGAACAUGGCAUUCUCGCUACAUUUCAGAGCAGUUUUGUUGUGGAGACCCGUGGAGCCGGGGCUGGUCAACUAACUGUCCGAAUAAGAGGACCUAAAGGCGGCUUCCAGGUAGAGAUGUACAGAGAUAGCCAGAGAGACCGCACCAUUCUCUGUCGUUAUGACCCAACAGAAACUGGCCUGUACAUCAUCAGCAUACGUUGGUCUGGUGUGGAUGUCCCAGGAAGUCCAUUCCAGAUCAAUAUUGUCGACACUCAGCAGGAAUUAGAGCACCUGCUUCAGGAACAAUCCUUCUCCAACAGUUCUGCCACCCCACGCACAUACGCUCAGUGGAAGGCUGAAAUCUAGAAUCCAGAGAAUAUCCAGGAAAUGUCAA